AUGGCACCUCCCGGCAAAACGGGCGGCCGGCCCCGCACCGCGACCGCAAUCGUGGCGGACACUCAAGUUGGAUAUGACCCUCACAGCAUGAUGUGGACCACCGUCCCGUCCUCGGACAGCGGACCGGAGCUGCCCCAACCCUUCAAGAGCGCCGCGCUCGCUGCCGCGGUCGCUCGCCGAGAGCAAGCGAGCAACGCAGUAACGGCGGCUUCCGCCAACGCGGCGUCCCCGGACGCAGCUGCUGACGCCGAAGCUCGUACCUGCUCCCCAACUCUUGCGCCGCCUGCGCUGCGCUCCGCGGGCCCGCAGCAGGGGAAGAAGCGGCCUUUGUGGCAACCUCAACCCCUACCGAAGCCGAAAGCAACAGACUUCGUUGUUGUACUCAAACCCCGGACACAGUUAUCCCUCGCCACCGUUUUCCCUGAGAACGGGGCUGGUCGCGCGCUCAUCGCCCACCUUGGAGCGACCGCGACUCGGCUGGUCACAGUUGUGAUGGUGCGGGAACAAAAUCUCAUUUUGACUUACACUUCGAACCCGCAAAUAGCGGACAAACUUAUCGGUGAAUUUGCGGUUCCCUCACCCGCCGGACCAGUGCCCCUGUUCGGGUACCUGCGUGCGGACACUCAAGACUCCUGUUAUGGAGUAGUGACGGUGCGCAGCUCCGACACCGAAGCCACUCUUCGUGAAAGCCUCUACUGGCCUGAAGGCGAAAUCUUACACGUCCGGCGAUUGGGCACCUCCAAUAAGGUGCGUCUCACCUUUUCCGGCAAGGUGAAGCCCAGGUACGUCUCUUACGACGCCCUGCUGAUCCCGGUGCAGCCGUACAAGAAAACUGUACCAGCCUGCGGUCGGUGCGGUUCCGUUGGGCAUCGGCCCGACAGCUGCCCCGGCCCCAAACCAGACCUCUGCGGCAUCUGCGGAAAAGCGGUGCCGCUCACGGAUGGCGCCCGCGCCCCUCACGAGUGUACGCCCAGGUGCGCUCUAUGUGCCGGACCCCACGUCACCGCGGACCGGUGCUGUAAGGAGCGCUACAGGACGCCGCCACCCAAAUCGCCCACUCCUCCACCGGAGGGUCAAGCCGGCCCCAAGAAGCGAAAACGUCGACGCCCACGGAAACCGAGGAAGACGGGCCCUCGGGCUUCGCCGCAGAGGGCUCAGCCCCCUGCCACCAACCCUACCACACCCCCGCACCCUGACGCGGGGGCUAUCGGGCCUUCCCUGCGAGGUAAAACUCCGGAUGGACCGCCAACCAGGAAGCCCACUACGAGGCAGGUUUCGCCCGCCUCACCCAAACCGCACCCGCCGUCACCUGAACCCAAACCUCCUGCCAAGGGGGAUCUCUCGUGGGCCACCCGCAUCCGGCAAGGACCCCAGGUGAGUGGCUCGGGCGGAGCAGCCUCUCCGCCCCCACCAUCCAUGAUCCCUAACCCCAUACCGCCAACCCCUUCCACUCCCACCCGGGAACAAAUUGCAAUCCGUCAGUUACAGGCCCAGGUUGCCUCGUUAACGCAGGCGGUGGAGGCGCUCGCGAACCGCUUGCCCUCAGCUAACCCGACACCGUCCGGGCAGGCGCCUGAGGCGAUGGAUAGUGCUCCCUCUGAACACAGGGACACCACAGCACUCCUCGCCCCGAUUGAGGCGCGUGUUAGCAGCUUAGAGGCCCAUGUGGCAUCCAUAGUGACCACGAUUGAGGACCGAUUGGCCGCCGCCCUCCAAACCGUUGUCGACCGCAUCCCGGGCAUGAUAGUUGCCCAGUUGCCCAAACACUCUUUCAGCACCAGCCGCCCCAAACUUAAACGGAUAUCUAAGUCACAAGCACCCCGACCACCCCCCCAGGUGGCCGCGGUUGACAGACAGUCCAAAGUUUCGAUCGCAACCUCGGAUGUAAGCACCGGAUCGAGCAGCGGAGCCCCUAUGGACCUCUCUGCUCUCCUGGAGGCCCCCCAAAUUUCUAGCUCCCACGAUGGCGGGCAAAGGCUCUAG